AGCGCAGACAUCGAUCUGAGAAGAGAAAAGCCCAACAGUACGUCUGUGAUAAUCAACAUGGAUGCGCGUAACGAUUUGAUGAUAGAAAAUAACGGACAAGAAGUGUCUGAUAAUCACGAUUGGUCAAAGCUUUGUCCUGACCUUUUGCGAAAGAUUAUCGAAAGCUUGAACUCUAUUGACUACCACCGAUCAAAACUCGUUUGCUCAGAUUGGUAUUCGGUUUGGAAAACAUGCGUGAAGCGGCCUCUGUAUCCAUGGCGGAUCAUAUACUAUGAUGAUGAUUCUUCGAGUUUGUUCGAUCCCAGAGAAAACAAGAUUUACGAAACAAAACUCCUCGGACUUUCUGACAAUAGCUAUUAUAUGGCUAGCUCCGGAAACUGGCUCUUGAUGUUAAAUUCUCGUCUCGAUUUCUAUAUUUUUAACCUGUUAACCUGCGAAAAGAUCAAUCUUCCGUCAAUUCGCGGUGGAAAAGUGAGACUCGAGCCAAGCAGUGACUGUAGACAAGGCAAGUGGGGAGACUUCGUCGAUCAUUUUCAUUCCCCUAAAGAAGAAAUCGAAAAUAACCCGUAUCGGGAUCAUCCGUUUCACUACCACAUGUCGCAAGGGGAAUAUAUUUGGAAGAGGAGAAUAGCGAUACAGAAAUCAGGAGAGGUUUUGGUCAUCUUGAGUUUAACAAAAGAAGGGGUACAUUUGUUUUACGUCUUUAAGAUGAAUCUUGAGAGUAAGAAAUGGGAAAGAGUGAAAACUGUUGGAGAUAAUGAGAUGUUGAUCUUUGGCCAUGGGGUUACAAUAAGAGCACCGGUUCAAGAUGUUGGUGAUGGAAUCAAGAGUGGUUCAAUCUGUUUCGUUAAAGAUGACCUUUCGCCAGGAAAUGGUUGUCCUUCAAAUUGUGGUGUCUUCGAUCUUGCCACAAGUAGCAUCACAUGGCAUGGUUUUUCCUGGAAAAGGACAUGGCCAGCAAUCAUGACUCUAACCGAAAGACGUGGUCGACUUCCUCAACACACUUAUCUUGACUAUACACUCACAAAUCUGUUAGCUGCGGUGAUCAUUGCGUUGACACUAGGCGAAAUAGGUCCAAGCAGACCAAAUUUCUUUACUCAGCUUUCUCAAGAUAAUUGGCAGUCAGUGAUGUUUGCAAUGGCUGGAGGAAUAGUUCUUAGCCUUGGAAACUUAGCAACACAAUAUGCUUGGGCUUAUGUUGGUUUAUCGGUCACUGAAGUCAUCACAGCUAGUAUCACCGUUGUUAUCGGCACAACUUUGAACUAUUUCUUGGAUGAUAGAAUCAACAGAGCUGAGGUCCUUUUCCCGGGUGUCGCUUGUUUCUUGAUCGCUGUUUGUUUCGGCUCUGCUGUUCAUAAAUCAAAUGCAGCUGAUAACAAAUCCAAACUCCAAGAUUUCAAAAGUUUAGAGACUGCGUCUUCCUUCGAAAUGGAAACAGUUUCUGCAAACAACGGGUUAGCGAAAGGGAAAGCGAAAGAAGGGACUGCGGCGUUUCUCAUAGAGCUUGAGAAACAAAGAGCUAUAAAGGUCUUUGGGAAAAGUACAAUAAUCGGAUUGGCGAUAACUUUCUUUGCCGGUAUCUGCUUUUCUCUGUUCUCACCUGCAUUUAACUUAGCGACAAACGAUCAAUGGCACACUUUGAAACAUGGAGUUCCAAAACUCAAUGUGUACACCGCCUUCUUCUACUUCUCAAUCUCUGCGUUUGUGGUUGCUCUGAUACUUAACAUCAGAUUUCUCUAUUGGCCUAUACUUGGUCUCCCAAGAUCUUCUUUCAAGGCUUAUCUAAAUGACUGGAACGGUCGAGGCUGGUCUUUCUUAGCUGGAUUUCUCUGUGGAUUUGGCAAUGGUCUUCAGUUCAUGGGCGGUCAAGCCGCAGGCUAUGCAGCUGCAGACGCUGUCCAGGCACUUCCACUUGUGAGCACAUUUUGGGGGAUAUUGUUGUUUGGAGAAUACAGAAGAUCAUCAAGAAAAACAUAUACACUUCUCAUCAGUAUGCUUCUUAUGUUCAUAGUCGCUGUCGCGAUAACCGAAUAUAAAAUGUAUGUGAUAGAGAGCAAAGGAGGAGCAAUCACUUGUAUGAUCUUUGAUCUGCUCUUCUUAGGGACAUGGCCAGCAAUCAUGACUCUAACCGAAAGACGCGGUCGACUUCCUCAACACACUUAUCUUGACUACACACUCACAAAUCUGUUAGCUGCGGUUAUCAUAGCGUUUACACUAGGAGAAAUAACUCCAAGCAGACCAAAUUUCAUCACACAGCUUUCUCAAGAUAAUUGGCCAUCUGUGAUGUUUGCAAUGGCUGGAGGAAGUUUUCUUAGCCUUGGGACCUUAGCAAUACAAUAUGCUUGGGCUUUUGUUGGUUUAUCGGUAACUGAAGUCAUCACAGCUAGUAUCGCCGUUGUUAUCGGCACAACUCUGAACUAUUUCUUGGAUGAUAGAAUCAACAGAGCUGAGGUCCUUUUCCCGGGAGUCGCUUGUUUCUUGAUCGCUGUUUUUUUCGGUUCAGCUGUUCAUAAAUCAAAUGCAGCUGAUAGCAAAUCCAAACUCCAAGAUUGCAAAGGUUUAGAGACUACUUCUUCCUUCCAAAUGGAGACAAGUCCUUUAAACGAAGGAAAAGCAAAAGUAGGGACUGCAGAUUUUCUUAUUGAGCUUGAGAAACAAAGAGCCAUAAAGGUUUUUGGGAAAAGCACGAUAAUUGGACUGGCCAUAACAUUCUUUGCCGGUAUCUGUAUCUCUCUAAUCUCACCUGCAGUCAGCUUAGCGACAAACGAUCAAAUGCACACUUUGAAACAUGGAGUUCCAAAACUCAAUGUGUACACUGCCUUCUUCUACUUCUCAAUCUCUUCAUUUAGAGUUGGUCUGAUACUAAACAUCAUAUUUCUCUAUUGGCCUAUACUUGGUCUCCCAAGAUCAUCUUUCAAGGCUUAUCUAACUGACUGGAACGGUCGAGGCUGGUCUUUCUUGGCUGGAUUUCUCUGUGGAUUUGGUAACGGUCUUCAGUUUAUGGGUGGUCAAGCCGCUGGUUAUGCAGCUGCAGGCGCUGUUCAGGCACUUCCACUUGUGAGCACAUUUUGGGGGAUACUGCUGUUUGGAGAAUACAGAAGAUCAUCAAGAAAAACAUAUAUACUUCUUAUUAGAUUCGAAAGAUCAGCUGUUCUGUGGAUAAACGAAAGAACAGAGGAUUAUUUUGUUGCUUUCAUAUCAAACCAACAUUACUUGUUCUCACACAAGAAAGGAGAUGAUAAGAAUAUGAACUGGAAUCUCUACGACACAAAGGUGGGUUUGUUCGAUAUGGCUUAUAAGAACAGUAAUCUUUAUUUGUAUACUUUGGAUCAUGACAUCAAGAUUCUUGAUUUCUCUGGAGAUUUCCCCAAAGUAGAAGGUAUGAAAAACCCGUAUCGAGUUCGAUAUUUUGUGCAACCGUUGGAAUAUAUUUGGAAGAGGAAAAUAGUGAUUCAAAACUCAGGAGAGGUUCUCAUCAUCUUGAGCUUAAAAGAAGAGAUUCAUGAAAAGAAGUUUUUGUUUUACAUCUUUAAGAUGAAUCUUGAGAGUAGCCAAUGGGAAAGAGUGUAUUCUAUUGGAGAAAAUGAGAUGAUAAUAUUUGGUCAUGGUGUUACAAUAAGAGCACCAGUUCAAGAUGUUGGUGAUGGAAUCAAGAGUGAUUCAAUCUGUUUCGUUGAGAAUGAUCUUUGGCCGGAUUGGAACCGUCCUUCAAGUUGCGGUAUCUUCGAUCUCGCUACAAGUACAAUCACAUGGCCUAAGAGAUUCGGUGUUCACAUAGAUCAGUGGUUUAUUCCAGGAUCUGCUUAGAUGUGAUGGUGUGCCUUCCUUUUCCUUCUGUGUUUCGCUUUGACAUUUGGCUUUAA